AUGCUCGCGGGAGUAACAUCGUUACUCUCGUUCUCCACUCUUGUACAAGCCGUUGCAAUCCCGCAAGGUACCAACUACAACAUGACGACUAGUUCGGCUGUUUCAGGUUACAAAAACGUUGCCUACUUUGUCAAUUGGGCUAUUUAUGGUCGCGCAUACAACCCUCAGGAUCUUCCUGGUGAAGAGCUUACCCAUGUUCUCUACGCUUUUGCCGAUGUUCGCGAUACUGGCGAGGUCUUCCUGACGGAUACUUGGUCAGACACUGACAAGCACUAUGCGAAUGACUCGUGGAACGAUGUUGGCACCAACGUCUAUGGAUGCGCCAAGCAGUUGUUCCUCCAGAAGAAGCGCAACCGCAAGUUAAAGGUGCUACUAUCGAUCGGCGGAUGGACUUACUCUGCCCAUUUUGCCCAGCCUGCGUCGACUGCCCAGGGGCGAGCCACGUUCGCAAGCAGCGCUGUCGAGAUUCUAAAGAACCUGGGCUUCGACGGACUUGACAUCGACUGGGAGUACCCGGCGAAUGAAGCCCAGGCCAACGACAUGGUUCUCCUUCUUGAGGAAACCCGUCGGGCUCUCGAUGCGUACUCUGCACAGUAUGCCCCUGGGCAGCACUUGCUCCUGACUGUUGCUUCACCGGCAGGCCCCACCAAUUACAAUAAGAUGAAGCUUAGAGCCAUGGACCAGUACCUUGAUUUCUGGAACUUGAUGGCUUAUGAUUAUGCUGGAUCCUGGGAUACGAAUGCUGGCCACCAGGCUAAUGUGCAGCCUUCUUCUUCCAACCCAACCAGCACACCCUUCAGUACCGCCAAAGCAAUCGACGACUACGUCGCCGCCGGCGUACCCGCUGCAAAAAUCGUCCUCGGCAUGCCCCUGUACGGCCGUUCAUUUGAAAACACCGACGGCCCUGGCACGCCGUUCUCGGGUAUCGGCCAAGGUACCUGGGAACAAGGCGUGUAUGAUUAUAAGAAACUUCCACUAGAUGGUUGCCAGGUCAAGACAGAUGAUAGUAUUACUGCUAGCUGGUGCUACGACGCGACCAAGAGGAUCAUGGUCACGUACGAUACGCCUGACAUCAUCGCUAAGAAAAGCCAGUUCAUCCUCGGAAAAGGACUUGGUGGUGGCAUGUGGUGGGAGAGCUCGAGCGAUAAGCCGGGAGAUGCGAGUUUGAUCUCGACGUUUGUGAAAACAAUUGGUGGAGUCGAUAGAUUGGAUCAGUCGGCCAACUUGCUCAGCUUCCCAGAGAGUAAAUACCAGAACUUGCGCGAGGGCAUGCCAAACAACUAG